AUGGGCGUGUCUUGAACGGGGCGGAAGUGACGUCACUGUUCCAGCCUGUCCAGUUGUACACACUAAAGCGGUGUGUUUAUUGCUAAAGUUACAGGCGAGUGUUUGGGGAGGUGUUUAUUUUUUAACAUAUAAACAGAUUGAUUUGACAGCUUUUUAAAUUCAUUUUUUAACACGCCGUCUGCGUUUGAAUGAUUACGUCGCGGUACGCAUCCAAAAACCGGAAGCGGAAAGCGAACGUCGCUCUUGUUUUGGAAACGGGCUCAAAACAAAAGAGGAUUUUAUUGAAACCAGCCUUUAAUUAAAGUGAAAAAAUGGACGUCAGCGUCUCCGUGUCGUUUUUUAAAAACGAGCUCGGCCCCGCCAUCGAGCUGGCCGUGCAAGCGGCGGUGGAGACGGUCCUGUGCGAAAUCACCAAGGUGGUCGGGACCAAGCUGGCGGGACUGCAGGUCGAGAUCGCCGAGACCCUGAACGAAAACCAGACCCUGAAACGGAGGCUGAAAAGAACCGAGACCGAGUUGAAAUCGGUGCGGGAACGGGAGAAAACGAGCCGAGCGAAAACGACCAGCAGCAAACGACACGCUCCCCAUUUCACGGAGCAGCUCGGCGUGCCGUCGUGGACAAACAACAACAACCCGGCUUUUGUCCCGCAUCCUAAGGACCGUGGACUAAACGUGGACGAACCGUGUGUCUCCUUCCUUGGGGACCAAGUGACCGAGGCUGGGACCGAGUACAACGCGGCCAGUUUUGCCCAUUGUUUGCCCAUCUUGAUUAACCGGGACUGCGGCACGCUUGCAGAUCCCGAAACGUCGCAUCUGAUCAUCCAGGAGGAUGGGACCGAUCGCAGUGUAUCGAUCAGGGAUGAUGCCUUUCCACGGAUCGAUGAUAUCUGGGGGGGAGGCGGCGCUACAGGCAGGGGCAUCGAGGAGGACCAGGAUUAUCAAAGAUCCCAGGAGCACUGUGUCCCGAACGAGGGACUGGAUCCUCUUCACAUUAAAGAGGAGCUCUCUGAUAUUCGAUCUGUCCUCAUUGGAGAUGAGGGCACGCAUCCUGCCUGUGUUACGGAUCCCGCUUCUGAGUUGGAUCCUGUCCCGGUUAAACAGGAGGAUCCCGAACAGGACUGCGUUGAAAUUAAAGAGGACCUGAAUCGCUCCUCUGCGAGUUUGCCUUGCCCCAAUAACUAUGCUGGACUUGUGAAUCAGUUCAGCAUUGAAACGGAAAAAGCGGCCGCUUUUAAAAAGCCAAGAGGCUCCGCAAAGUGGCAGCAACCCAGAAAAAUAGGAAAAACUCACUCGUUGUCUCAAAGUGUUGCAAGUCCCUCCUUCCCCGCUUUCAGGAAACAACACCAGCAUAUCAGUGUGUCCGAGAGAGCGUACGACUCUCCUCAGAGCUUGAGCCUGUUUGAAAACCUCCGACAGCACCAGCGUGUUCUCACAGGAGAGAAACCCUAUCACAUGCCUGAUCGGGGGAAGCGCUUCAAGGAAGAGGUUCAGCUUCGGCAGCACCAGCGUAUUCCCACAGGAGAGAGCAGACACCCCUGUAACGUGUGUGGGAAGAGUUUCACUCGUAUAAAAACGCUUCAUAUACACCAGCGCAUUCACACGGGAGAGAAGCCGUACCCCUGCACCCACUGUGGGACAAGUUUCAGGCAUCUAGACAGCCUCAAAAAACACCAGCGAAUUCACACAGGAGAGAAGCCCUAUAAAUGUACAGAGUGUGGGAACAUUUAUAGGCACUUAACCAGCCUCAAACACCAUCAGAGAAUUCACGCAGGACAGAGAUCUUAAAUGAAAUGAACUGGCGUUUCAAUACAGAAGCGUGAUUAUUAUUAUUAUUAUUAUUAUUAUUAUUAUUAUUAUUAUUAUUAUUAAGUAAUUUAGCAGACACUUUUAUCCAAAGCGACUUACAGAGAUUAGGGGGUGAACUGUCCAUCACAGCAGAGUCACUUCCAAUAGGAGCUUGUUUGUUUGACGUCUCAUCCGAAGGACGGAGCACAAGGAGGUUCAGUGACUUGCUCAGGGUCACACACGCACACACACACACACAGAGUGAGUCAGUGGCUGCUGCAGAGUCACUUCCAAUAGGAGCUUGUUUGUUUGACGUCUCAUCCGAAGGACGGAGCACAAGGAGGUUCAGUGACUUGCUCAGGGUCACACACACACACACGCACGCACGCACACGCACACACACAGAGUGAGUCUGUGGCGGAGCUGGGAUUUGAACCUGGAGCCUCCUUUUCUUACCAUAAUAAAAGGCUUCUCUUCCUUUGUUAAAACUCAUAAAGGGAAAUAUAAAUAUGAUGGGGAAAACCAAACGUGUGAAACAGAUGUUUGUGUAAAUAAAUGUAUGGAUCUUAUGUUUUUUUUUUUUUUUACAUUUUUUUAUAUAAAAUAGUGCUUGGUAUUGUAUUGAUUAAAAUGCAUUGUACAUGCAUAGCUGUGGCAAAUGUUUUGCAUCACCCUAUAGAGUGCAUUAUGUUUCAUGAAGCUGAGUGAAACCUUCUGAACAAUGUUAACAUAUUGAACUGCACACCGCUUUGUAGUUUUCCCAUCUACUAAACUAAAAACCGACAAAUUGAAAAAUGUGACAAUUUGAAAUCUAGUGUACUACUGUUGAGGAUUCUGUUAGGCUUUUUUUGCGAUAUCAUUUUGUCAUUUAUUUGAUUCAGUGAUGUUAAAUAAAAGAUCAAAAUUAUGUUUAUAGUUAUUUUUUUAAAUUUUGUCUCAAUCCUAGAAUGUGGGCAGCAGUGUGGAGUAGUGGUCAGGGCUCUGGACUCUUGACCGGAGGGUCGUGGGUUCAAUCCCAGGUGCUGCUGUACCCUUGAGCAAGGUACUUUACCUAGAUUGCUCCAGUAAAAACCCAACUGUAUAAAUGGGGAAUUGUAUGUAAAAAAUAAUGUGAUAUCUUGUAACAAUUGUAAGUCGCCAUGGAUAAGGGAGUCUGCUAAGAAAUAAAUAAUAAUAAUAACAUUAGUAUGUCAUACAGACACUGGAAAAUAUCGCUGUGAUUUGUGUGUAAGUGCUUUGGUACCGUUCCACGCCACAUGAUGAAAGAGAGUCCUUCAGCUCUCUCUCGCUUGUCUGUCACUAGGCCGAUCAUCCUGAACUUCAUUACUGUAAAGAAACUCCAUACAAUUUGAUAAAACAACAUUUCUUACACCAACAAUGUGUUGUCUGGGUGAAAUUAUUAUUAUUAUUUAUUUCUUUAUUAUAGUGGGAGAAAGAUUAUUAAAUCUCCAAACGGUAUCUGGAAAGUUAAUGCUCGAAUUUGAAUGAAUAUAUGAACUCAUGUGUUUGUAUUAUACAUGACAGUGAUACAAGGUAUUAUUAGCCAUGUGUAACUUUAUAAGUGAACCGGCUAGUCUAUAAAUGAA